GUGAAGACGAAAUUACCCCCUUUGCGAGUUGAGCAACAGGAUGACUACGUACUUGGAAUUGAUAGUCCACCAUGGUGGGAAAAUGGACUAUUCUGAGGAGGUUCCUCGCUACCUAAAUGGGAAGAUUGAAGAAGUUGACAUGGACCUAGACUACAUCUCCUACUUCCAGUUACAACAGCUUGGUGUCGUCCACUUUGAAUACGCUAGGGUCGAGCGCUUGUGGUAUAUGGCUCCAUCGCAUAAUUUGGGAAAUGGUUUGGUUGAAAUAAGGUCCGACACCGAGGUUAUGGAUGGACUGAUUCAUGGUGUU